UAUUUUGUCAACGUUAGUUUAAGUCGUUUUGAAAAAUUGUUCUUUUGUUUGGGAAGCUUAUUUUUUUGUUUACUUUCCCAAAAAAGAUUAAUUGGGUCAUUUCUUAUCAUUUUUAACUCAUUUACCUGUUAUAAAUGAACUAAUAAUUUUAUUUUGAUAUUCUUCAUUUUUUUAAAUUUUUAUCAGAAAUGGCCCGCAAAAAUGCAAAGAAAAAAUUAAAAGAAAUAAAUGUGGGCAACAGAAAAACAGAAAAAAUUGAGAAUGAUUUGAAAUCGAUUGGUGGGAAAACGACAAAUAAUUCGAGAGAAGUUAAUGGUUCAGUUAAUAAACCCUCAACAGCCAAAAAAAUCACAGAAAAAGACAAAAAACAAACUCAAAACGCCAAAAAUCACCAAGCAAAUGGUACUUGUAUUGUAAAUGGGGGUCUACACACUUCUCCAAGUAUGGCAAAUUUAAUUGAAAGGCAAAAUAUUGUUUUGUGGAAGCGUCCUUUUCGAACUAUGCAAUAUUUUAUAUUGGAGCUUAUUUCAAUUAUUUGGUCAUUUUUUAAAAGGUUUUUUUAUUUUAUUUUUAUUAGGUGUUUUUGUUUUUUAUCCCUUCGAUUAAUUGUAAGUAUAGGGUUGCCGGUUUUUUAA